CGACCCAUUGAGUACUCAACUCUGACCAUGCGCACAAUUUAUAAGAUACUGGCCAGUCAGUACGACCCGCUAGGGUUCCUUACGCCAUACCUAACCAGAGCUAAAGUUCUUGUGCAGCAGCUGUGGGCAAAGAGGAGAGACUGGGAUGAUCCAGAUCUCCCUCUAGAUCUAUGUGAAUCCUGGAAGCAAUGGGAGAGUGAAUUGCCAAAUAUCAGUGCCAUCUCAAUCCCUCGUAGUUAUCUCCCAGAUGGAAUGGAUCAGCCCAACACUGAACACCACCUUCAUGUUUUCUGUGACGCCUCUGAGAAGGCGUACGGAGCAGUAGCCUACCUCUCAUCCACACAAGGUGGUGCUACCAAUGUAGCAUUCGUCAUGGCCAGAUCAAAGGUUGCCCCUAAACGACAACAGACUAUGCCACGACUGGAGUUGUGUGCAGCGCUGGCAGGAGCGCAGCUUGCCAAUCUGAUCCAGACAGAAUUGUCAGUCACACUGCAAAGGACUACACUGUGGACAGACUCCACGACAGUUCUAGAGUGGUUGCAAUCAGAAUCAUGUAGAUUUAAGGUAUUCGUUGGUGCUCGUGUAUCAGAGAUACAAGAACUUACAGAUCUGCGAGCCUGGCGUUAUGUGGAUACGCUGAGUAAUCCAGCGGAUGACUUGACAAGAGGAAAGAAACUUCUAGAUCUAGCUACUCCCAACAGGUGGAGUAAAGGCCCAUCCUUUCUGUUGCAAGCUCCUGACUGUUGGCCAGAGAAACCACAUACUGCUCCAUUACUCCAGUCAGAUGAACUGAGAAAUAUAACACUCUGCAACUUAGUAUCGGUACAACAGCAGGACAGUGUGCCAGAUGCAAGUCAGUUCACAUCAUGGAAGGACCUAGUCGAAGCUGUCCGCCUCCAAUGUCAGGGUACAGGAGAGCCUGCUCAAACUCAGCCAAGCAAUAGUUACCGUGCAGCUGAACUCACCCUUCUAAGAGCAUGCCAAGAAAGCAGCUUUCCAGAGGAGCUCACCUCACUUAAGACAGGCCAGCCCGUUCAUAUCAACAGCAGGCUCAGGCACUUAGCACCAGAGCUGGACGAGGCAACUAACCUUAUCAGAGUAGGAGGGAGGCUACGACGGAUGCAGCCGAUCAGUGACUUUGAGAUCCAUCCUAUAGGGCUCGACUCACGUCAUCCUGCCACUGCCCUUCUAAUCAAAGACUAUGACGAGCGCCUGCUGCAUAGUGGAUCUGAGAGAGUCUUCGCAGAGAUCAGGAGGCAGUAUUGGAUCUUGAAGGGGCGGCAGGCUAUAAAGAAACAUCAGCUUCAAUGCACAGAGUGCCAACGAUGGAGAGCUCGCCCUAGAAUUCCUCAAAUGGCAGACCUACCAUCAGCUCGCCUCCGUAUCUUUUCUCCACCAUUUCACUCAACGGGCAUUGACUGCUAUGGGCCAUUCAUUGCUAAGAUUGGCAGGCGCCAUGAGAAGAAAUGGGGAGUGAUUUUCAAGUGUUUAACAACCCGUGCAGUACACUUGGAUCUGCUCAAUUCAAUGGAUACGGAUGCUUUCUUACUCGCCCUCCGUCGAUUCAUUGCACGGCGAGGCAGACCAGUGGAGAUUCUCUCAGAUCGAGGCACUAAUUUUCGAGGGGCAGAUGCGGAAUUGAGAGCAGCCUUUGAGGAAAUGGAAACACAGCUUCAACAGCAGCUGGCAAGUUACCAGAUUGAGUUUAAAUUCAACCCACCUAAUGCUCCACAUUUCGGAGGUGUAUGGGAGCGGGAGAUUCGCUCCAUCAAGAAUGCACUCCAGGUUGCUGUGGGAACUCAACCUCUACCAGAGGAUGUGCUACACACCAUCCUUGUAGAAGUAGAAGGUAUCAUUGACUCCAAGCCUCUUGGAUAUGUUUCAGCUGACAUCGCUGACCCCGAUCCUAUAACCCCAAACAUGCUCCUCAUGGGGCGGCGGGAUGCUUUCCUGCCGCAAGCCGUUUAUGCUCCUGAAACUAUAGGACGACGAAGAUGGAGGCAUUGUCAAAAUAUCAUAGAGCAUUUCUGGAUUCAUUUCUUGUGAGACUACCUGCCAGCACUUCAAUCUCGCUACAAAUGGCAGCAACAAAAGGAAGCCAUUGCAUUAGGGACUGUGGUAAUGAUAGUAGAUCCUAAUCUACCACGUGCAGACUGGCCUGUGGGACGAGUGCUGAAGCUCUUUCCGAGUCAAGACGGCAAAGUACGAGCAGUCGAAAUUCAAGUAAAGGAUAAAGUCUACACUCGUCCUGUGGCACGACUUAUUCCCCUACCAGGCCUGCCAGACAGUGCUAAAGAUCAGUCAGCAUAAAGAAUUCUCUUGAUAUACACAUUUGCUACUCAAAUGUGGGGGCGGCUGUUACGAAUUGUCCAUGUAUGCCUGUCAGAGAGUAUGAGCAUGCAGUACACCAAGUACGCCUCAAGGUGGCACUGUUUGAUCACAUAUGGACAUUUAGUGAACUGAUUACAGGCAUCGUGCUUUAGUGUUGCAUCAGCCAUUCCGUCUGGAAAGUUCGCUCGAUUGCACGCAUUAUUGGGACAAUGUAUGAGUGACAGACAAAAAACCUUGCAUUUGUCCAUCUCAGCAAUCAUUAAAGCUACAUAUAUCAUCUAAUACUGACUCCAAGUUCUCUAAUCGGAACCCUGUGGCGGUUAGCAAACAUCGGUCCAGUAAUUAAUCCCUAAUUGUAACAGA